UAAAAUGUUUUGUUUUCCUUUCUGCUAUCAUGCAGCUUAGGAAAGAGUUUAGCAGUGAAGUUGAUUCUGCAAUUGCUGCGCUUCGGGGACUCUCAGCUACUUCAUCUUGUGGUGCUGCAGAUCUUACCGGUCUGUUUCGGGUGGCAGCUCAUGAAGCAAAGAAAUCCCGUGCUCAGAAUCGAAUAUUUAGGGUGGUUCUUAUCUACUGCAGAUCAUCCACAAAGCCACAACAUCAAUGGCCUGUAAACCAGAAACUCUUUACUUUGGAUGUUAUUUACCUCCAUGACAAGCCUGGACCUGACAACUGCCCCCAGGAGGUCUAUGAUGCACUUGUGGAUGCCCUUGAGCAUGUCAGUGAAUACGAGGGCUACAUACAUGAGAGCGGGCAGGGGCUAGCACGUGUCCUCUUCCGUCACAUGUGUGUGCUGUUAUCACACCCUCAGCAGCGGUGCCCACAAGAGUAUGUUGACAUACCCAAGUCUCUUACAAAGAAGUCGCCUGCAUCAGACUCGGUGCCUGGCGAAGAUAGUGUUCCCAUAUCAAGCCAAUGAGAAUUUGUCAAUUGAAUGAGUUAUCUGAUUCUCCUCUUCCUUCUUAUCUUUUGAUUUUGUGAGUAUAACUUAAAUGUUUUCUUUGGAGGAAGUUGAUACGUGCAUUUUGUAAAUGAGAAUAAGGAAAACUAUUUGACCUUCCAA